ACCGCUCUCAGCGCACAGACAGAAACACACGGCUGUGUACUGAGAAAAUUAGCUCAACUAUUUCCUUUUCUUUUUUUUCUUUUUUUUUUUUUUCCAAGUCUGUGGAGGAAGAUGUGUGCAUUCUGUAAACGGUUGCCUUGGAUGAAGGAUGGAUAAAUGUCAUAUCCCCAAGAUCAGCAGUGGAUGUCGGUUAAACCAUGAAUAGUUGUCAGUUCGAUUCACUCGAGUGAUUCUGGACUCAGCAUGACAAACUGUGGCAGGGAUUCUCUUUGUUCAUAUGUCAUUCAGCCAAGAAAGCCCAGCCAAGGCCACGUGUUCUGUGAAGCGUUGGCAAGAGCUGCUGCGUCUCCACUUAAUUGGAGGGAGAAGCUUUUAUGUUCCGUGUUAGCCAGAGGGACAAAGACAGGGGGUGGACUUGUAGUAAUUAAGUAUGUGUUGCGAGGUAAGGACAACGUUUAACAACUUCGUAUUCUGAAAAGAUUGCCAUGAUUCCAGCUGGUGAGAAUAUGAGUGUUUUCUCUGCAGCAGAGACCUGUCCAAACUGCAGCUCCUCCACAUACCCGCAGGUGGAUGUAGGGAAAGCGGUGGUUUUAGGGUUGGUGAUGGUGGUUUUUCUAGUGUUUGGGGUCCUUGGCAACAUCCUGGUGAUCCUGUCAGUGUUGUUUCAUCACCACUGGCGCUCUGUGACGCAUUACUUCAUCGUCAACCUAGCGGCGGCUGACCUGCUCCUCAGUUGUGCGGUCAUGCCCUUCUCUGCCGCCUCAGAGGCUCUGGGUAGAUGGGAGUUCGGCCGGUCCUUCUGCAGCGUCUGGGCCGCCCUGGACGUCCUCUGCUGCACCGCCUCCAUCCUCAGCCUGUGUGUGAUCUCCAUCGACCGCUACCUGGCUGUCAGCUACCCUCUGCGCUACCCAGCCAUCGCUACAGGGAGGCGAGGCCUGGCUGCUGUCGCUGCUCUCUGGGGGGUUUCGGCGAUUAUAUCAGUGGGACCACUGUUUGGCUGGAAGGAGCCCGACCCAGAGGACGAGACGGUGUGCCAAAUCACAGAGGAGCCCGGGUACGCCUUGUUCUCAGCUUUAGGCUCCUUCUACAUCCCACUUGCCAUCAUCCUGGCCAUGUACUGCCGUGUUUACACUGUGGCAACUAGAGAAACUAAAAGCCUGAGGAAGAGCAGCAAAGGAGAAGGUGUGGAGACAGAGGGGGUCAUGCUGAGGAUGCACAGAGGAAACGCUCCUCAGAUGGACAAUAAAAACACCAAUGUGAAACACAAACGAUCUUCCUUCACCCUGCAGAAGCUGUUAAAGUUUUCAAGGGAAGAGAAAGCAGCCAAGACUCUUGGAAUCGUUGUCGGGUGCUUUGUUCUCUGCUGGCUCCCUUUUUUCCUGGUUUUACCCAUUGGUUCAUUCUUUCCCUCCUGUAAACCCUCUGAAACUGUCUUUAAGAUAACCUUCUGGCUGGGCUACCUCAACAGUUGCAUCAACCCUAUUAUCUACCCCUGCUUCAGCCAGGAGUUUAAGAAGGCCUUCCUCAACGUGCUCCGAGUUCGCUGUCUGAGAACUGCAUCCCAGACCUCCAUCCAGGGACAUGUCAUUGCUUAUUCGUCCGGCUCAGGCCACGCAUCCAGCACCUCUGUUCUAUCAACACAGAAUCAUGAUACAGUUUCCUCAUGCGGCUGCUGCGGGGCGCUGUCGACCUCUUCCUCGUCUGUUGGCAGCACCAGUCAGGCUCAGAGUGCACAGUCCCAGAGUAAGAGUCUGCUGAAAGCGUGGUGUUUCUCUACAAGUCAAACUCCAGCGCCACAGGAUGUUUCCAACCACGGGUCAGCAAAGGUCUUACGCCUUUCUCUCAGCAUGACAGGAGAGGCGGUUUGAGGAGCUUCUGUAGAUACUGAAUGAAUUGUGAGCAUCUGAUUUUGUAUUUCCCUCUUGCCUGACGGGACACGUGUGUUUACAUGUAUAUUUCUACUCCUCAGAGGCCUCAGAGCACAGGGCCAUGCUGCGAUAAUGACUUGGCUCCAGGGCAGGCAGAAGAUGACUGUCGCCUUAAGGAGCCUUAAAUGGCAGUUUCAACCCCUGGAGCAUCAAUGAACGAAACAUACUAUAAUUUAUCUACACUUAAUAUUGCUACUCAAAGAGUUCCAAGUGACACAGCAGCAUCUGCAACUAAAGAACUGAAAAAAUAUACAUUCAUAUCAACGCAAAUGUGGAAAAAGACACUUUUGCAAAUGGAGUUACCUGUUGCACAGACUUUGAGAAGGUCAUGAGGAUAUCUUUCUGCAUCAGAGAUGUAACAUUUUAUUGAAGUGACUUUUUCAAUAAACUCCCAAGACAUAAUUUCUUUAAACAUUAAAAGGGAUUUCUGGUGAUUGCAUGAUGGUCCUUGAGGGUGAGGUACUAAAGUCUUGGCAGAAUUAUCAACCACCGACAGUUAAGAGGGAAACUGGUGUAGGAGUGUGUAACCUUUAAACACUUAAAUUUAAGUUUAGGAAAGUUUGUUAGGGAAGGAAAAAAAAGAAAAAUAAAUAUCAAUCAAAUGUGCAUGAGGGAAUGACUUCCAAAAAGGGGAUAUAAGAAUACAAUACACAACACAAGACUCAUGUGACUUCUAUGAAGCUUUUAAUGUUAAUUUUUUGUUUGUUAUGAGACUGAAAA